AUGCGCCCGAAAUGCGGGGCUCUUAAUUAUAAAAGACGGUACAACGCUUGCUAUCUUUAUUCGUCAGAAGAAAACGGAGGAGACAGAAGUAAAGAAAGUUGCGUAGAGGUCAAGGCAUCAGACAUUGAAAUUAUAGAGAGAACCGCCGGUGACGCCUGUACCGAAGACAACACACGUGACUCUAGCGAACAAACGUGUAAUAAAUACACAGAAUGCGUGUAUAAUGAACCACCAUUAAAUGAAUGCGUGUUCAAUGAACCACCUUUAAAUGGUAAGAUUGUAGGAAACAUGAACCGUGUUGGUGACCGCAUACAAUAUAAAUGUGAUUUCGGAUAUAAGGUACCAAAAGAAUCUGAAUAUGCCGUUUGCCAGUCUAACGGAAGUUGGAGUGUGGUCGUCGACAAUUGCACAAAAAUUGAAGAGACAAAUGUUGCCCUAGGGAAACAGACUGUCAUGUCAAGCGCACGUAACGGCAACAAUGGAACAGAAGGCGUAGAUGGCAGCACUAACCAAAAUUUCGGGGGAGGAUCUUGCUUUCAUACUAAAAAUGAAACAGACCCAUGGUGGCGGGUCGAUCUUGGGGCUAUAUAUUUUAUUGUCAAUGUAACAUUAUUCAAUCGCAUCGGUGGUACAUGCAAGAUUGGUGGAUGCAGCUUGGAGCGGUCUUCCGCGCAUGUCCGGAAGUGA